CCACUUCAUUACAUAGUUACUUAUAAUCAUGUUCUACCUAAUAGUCGCGCUGGUUUGUGUCCAGGAAUGAAAGCGACUGGAGGUUACGACCUCACCAUGAAGGUUUUGCCCGGCCGAGACGCACACGCUCGCCCCCGGAUGUCUUCAGAUGUACGUUCUUAGGUAGUAUAGAUGCCGCGGUGCCACGCACCUUUGCCGCGAACUUGCCUCGCAGACCUCCCAGCAACUUUUCCCACCAGCUGGCCUUGAGCCCGCUGCAACACUGCGACCUUCCUUUUAUCUAUAUCAUAGUUAAGCUAUUACUGUCAGCUGUUUGCGACGUCGCGCAACUGGGCCUUUCCGAUUCAUUGCGCCCAACCUAGCUGGAACGAGACGGGGCUGGACGACCGACCUACCCGGAUCCGGCCAUGGGCUUCAUGAAAAAAGCCGUUGCUGCCCUGGGAUUUGGCGACGGUAACAAGUCUAAGAAGCACGUCUCGCGUAACGGUGGUCCUGACAUCGGAACAGGGUCGCUAAGCUCGCCGCAGCGCGACCUCGAGUUGCCUGCUGACCUCCACGUGGCUAUAAGCUCGAAUGCUCUUUGCUCUUCUCAAUCAAUCGCGCCUACACCGUUUUCUCAGCGCAGCAGCGUCGACGGACGACUAACAGCAGCCCUCCUCAGUGCUCCCCUACGGGGCAUGUGCGGGACGCUUGACUCACCAGGAGUAUCAGCAGCUUGCACACCCACAGGCUCUUUCAUUACCGGCGGCGGUCACGGGGAGGCACCUCCCACCAACACCGGCGGCCUAAACUCGCACCCAAUCCAAAGGACGGGCUCCCCGCUGGGCCGUCACCUGAGCUGCACCAUGCAGCUCCCAAGCCCUGUAAACACCGCGACUGCCACACCCCUUGCGCGACACGUUGCCAAUCGGGCCCUUCGCAAGGCAGGCGACUCCGGGCCUCUCACCCUGCCAAGCAUCAGCACCACAGUGACCGGCGGCUCUAAGACUCCAGCACAGCAGCAGCAGCCGCCCCAAGAGCCCCAUCAAGCAGGAGCCGCCGGCCCCAGCCCCGCUCCAGAGCCCAGCCUGGGUCUCUCCCACUCCCAGCCCCCACCACCUCCCAACCACGUUCCUCAGUCCAUGCUGCUCUCCCACGCCAUCUCCCACCACGCACCCAUGCAGCCCCCGCCGGCUCAGCUGCAGCUACAAACUUCCACUCAGUCGCCGCCAGCCGAGUCUUCGCUCCUGAGCCCCUCCUCCCCGGCGCCGCCGACCUCGCCCUCCCCGCGGCCGCCCAUGCUGAUGCCGGUCCGCAGCCCUCGGGAAGCCUCCCCUCGCAUGCGCCGCGCCACCACACUCGAUCAGCAACCCGCGGGCAGCGCGGAAAUCGCCGGCAGCCCCUUUGGCACCUCCGUCGCCACCGCCGCCGCCGCCGCGGCCUCCAUCACCACCGCCAUCUCCGCGCCCUCAGCUCUGGGCGACCUGCGACGCGACCGAGAGCGCUUCUCCCGCUUCCAGUCCUUGCCGCUUAGCCCCAUCCCGCAAACCUCUAACAGCCAGCUGCCACAAGAGUCAAUUCCUGAGGAUUCGGCAGCGGCAGCGGCGGCGGCGGCGCCGCAGCAACAGCCCCUUCCAGAGUAUGUCAAAGAGCGUCAGUCGCCGACGCAAGGCAACCUGCCGAUGUUCGCAGCGCGCGUCAUGGGCGAGCCGCAAUUGCAGCCUAACACGCCGCAGGCUGCGCAGCCCUCAGCGGCAGCGGCAGCGGCAAUGCCGCCGUCGCCGCCGCUGCAGCAGCAGCACGGCUCCGCUGCUGGUCUGAAGCCCACUCCGCCGCCGCUACUGACUGCACCGCAUCCGUACGGCAGCCUGCAACACCAAGGCCUGCAGCAGCUGCAGCAGCAGCUACAGCACCAGCAGCUGCAACAGCAAAUGCACCAGCAGCACCAGCAGUUGAUGGGCAUUGCAGCGCAACGCAGGCGCUUGAGUGACCUGACCGUCUUGCCUCCCAGCGCAGCCCCUGAAACGCCGGUGCGUAAGUUGAAGGUCGCCGCGACGGCUGCAGCGGCGGUCGCGGCGGAGGCGACUUCUUCAAGUCGCGUUUCCGACGCCGACGGUACCGCAACCGAGGGUGCCGCCGGCUCCGCCGUCCCUGAGAGCAGGCUACGUGCGCUUGCCAAACCCGAACCCCUCCGCAUGUCCAUUGGCGCAUCCUCCCAGACGGGCCCGAACCCAACUACUUGGACCAUUCCCAACCCGAGCCCCAACCCCAGUCCCGGCGGCAGUCCCGGCAUGGCCGCAGGCGGCCCCAGUCCUGCUGCUGCUCCAGGCCGCAUGUCGUCCUUGGCUCCUGCUGCUCCUCCCUCGGCUCGGAGAAGCAGCAGUGUCUGUGUUCCCGCAUCAUCAGCAGCUGCAGCUGCUGCGGCACAUCAUGACGUAACGGAGGCGCUGCAGCAGCACCAGCUGCAACAGCAGCAGCAGCAACAGCAGCAUCGGCAGCAAGUGACAACGACAUCGUCUCGGUCGCCGCCGGGCCAUCAGCCAGCAGCGGCGGAGUCCUCGACGCCCGCGCCGACUGCCGUGGCGAUUGUGGCCAUGUCGCCUCGCGUCCCUACAUCUUCCUCCAUCACAACCCCUGCGAUUGCGGCGGCAGCGGUACCCGGAUUGUACCAGCCAGGUGCCUUUGUGGCGCGGACGGUGCCUCAGGAGGGGCUGCUGCACUUGUCUGCAGCGGCGCCAGCACGCAUGCGGCGCCCGGCUAGUGCCUGGGGUGCGGCGGACUUCAAGAUUGUACGGAAGCUGUAUGCGGGCUACGCCAGCAGUGUCUACAAGGCCAGCUGCCUGCUGUCCGGCGCCGACGUGGUGCUCAAGGCCUACAACCUGGCCAGCCUGUCCGGCUUCCUGCGCAACCAGGUGCUGCGGGAGCUGGACAUCCACUCGCGGCUGGCGCACCCGGGCGCCGUGCAGCUGCUGGCGGCGUUCAAGGAGGGCGAGGUGCUGGUGCUGGUGCAGGAGUACGUGCGCGGGGGCUCGCUGGACCGCGUGCGGCGCAAGCUGGGCGGGCGCAUGACGGAGUUCCAGGCCAUGCACCUGGUGCUGCUGCCGCUGCUGGGCGUGCUGGCGUACCUGCAUGGCAAGGGAAUCGUGCACAGAGACAUCAAGCCGGAGAACCUGUUGUUCACCGAGGACUGGCAGCUCAAGGUGUGCGACUACGGCGUGUCCAUCUGCCUGCACGAGGAGCGGGCGGUCACACGCACAGGGUCACGGGAGUACAUGGCGCCGGAGGUGAACAUCUGCCCCCUGAAGCGCGGCCCCGAGGACAACAAGGACAACGCCGCUCUGUCGUACGGCUGCUCGGUGGACGUGUGGUCGCUGGGCGCACUGGUGUACGAGCUGCUGGUGGGCUUCACGCCCUUCCCGGGGGGGCCGCCGCCGCGGAAGGAGGGCGCCACGGGGUCGGCCGCCAAGUCGCUGGCCUACCCCGGGGGCGUCAGUGCGGGCGCGCGCGCCUUCGUGCAGGCGUGUCUGGAGCUCGAGCCGGCGGACCGACCCACGGUUCCGCAGCUGCUCAUGCACCCAUGGGUGCAAAACGCGCUGGAUUGCCCGCAGGAGCCGGACUCCAAGCAGCAGGCUCCUGCUGCGCCCUGAGGAAAGGAACAUGACAGGAACAACCCUACCCGCAUCUUGAACAAAUUGGGGAGGCCGGGCAUUGCCGGCCCAGGCAGGAGAAAUGCGAAGUUGAACAGUGUUGCAAGAUUGAAGAGUUUGGCUGACGAUUACGAGCUAGGUGCUUGGCAUCCAGGGAGGAAGUGAAUAGGGUAUCCCGGCAGCGACUUUCAUCUGCGGCAUUUUGGCCAGAAGAAGGUGUUGGGGAGUAUAGUACGGCAUUUGGAGUUUAAGAAGAGGUACAGAAAGGCAGGAAGGCAAGAAGCAAGAUGUGCAUAUGGGUCGUGAUGAGUUGCUUGCGGGGCGAUGUCCCAUUUCCAGGGUUGGCUUCCUACGGUAGGCCGCCUGCAGGAGUUGGGCGCUCGCUCGUCCGUUGCUUGGUUUUAUAAAGGCCCGUUGCGGCGCUGGCUCGCCAGAUCUUCACCUCGUUUCUGCUAACAUAUCUCACCCAAAGUCCAACACCUUGUGGCCCUUUUCCUGAACAAAGCGCUGCGAACGAAGAGCGCGUGGGGAUUAUAAAUCGGAACGCGAAACGUUUAUGGAGAAUGGGCGAUUCUGACCAAAACGCGUUCACAAUUGCUGAAGCUCUUUACCUCAACAGGUGGCUAAUACGGGAUUUGCAUGAGGAAUCUUGUGCUGUCAGAGACAGCUGGCGGUUGGGCAGACGCUAACAGGGCUUCUGAAGUUCAAUCUUAUGCGUUCACGUUGUGUGUCUUGGUUCUUCUUGUCUUGGUUGUGUUGUUGUAUUCGCACGUGUGGAUGGGACCUUUCGGGAUCACGAGCAUCCGGUUUGCGCAAUCAUGUGCAUGCGUGCGGGAAUUGCAGGCAGUUGCAGGUUGCUGCAGGCAGACGGGAUAGAUGGAAGCGUUUCCGCCUGAGAUAGGUGCUCCCUCUUACUCCAAACCGCGUGCCUGGAUUGCUACAAGAAGCCUUUUGACAGCAGCGUGGGUAGCAGGAUGUCUGGGAGCACCUGAUGAUGACCGUACACUGUCCGUAGCGUGCCGUAUUUAAAAACUGGAAGGAAGACCGUUUUUGCCAUGCUUUCUUUUGUGUAAGUGUGUACGUGUUGUAUCUUGCCAAAGGUUCAGCUGGUUGGCUGUCAGUUGGUGACAUGUAGCGGCUUGUUGGCGCGGUGUGGUGGCAGGAACAGGACCGAGGCAUCAAUUAUAGCUUCCUCCAGACGUCGCACACGUUCGAUUUUCAGGACGGAAAGGGCUUAGGUGGUGUAUUGGAGAGUUAAGUGAAGUACAGUCUAACCUCUUAACGUCGUACCUUUGUACUUCAGGCAAGGAAAGAACUAAAGUGAUGUGUUGAAGUCUAUCUUGCGUGAUGAGGUUCGUUUGAGACUGCAAGUAUUGUUGGGGUGCUGUUGCUACAUGUUAGGCCGGCUUUGUACCGCAGCAGCGCUGAUACCCGCACGACAAUACGGUAAUAUACUCAAUACCGUUAGUAAACCAUAUUGGAGAGUUACAGGGUUGGCACGGGCUGUUCCGCACGCUGCAUUCCCUUACUGCAGCUGCCCUUGUGUGUUUCAUUCUGUGUUGUGAGUUGUGAAAGAGAAGGGUAACAGAUGUACGUGCAUCACG